UUAAAGAAGAACCGGAUGACAUGCGCGUCUCAUUUAUGUCAAGAUGAGAAAAUUAAAUUGAGUCAAAGAAGACGUCAUCAUCGCUAUUUUCUAUCAAGUUAAAUAAAUUGUCGGUAUGAAGAGCAGUGAAAGGCGUAGUGGAUGCAAGUGAGUGAGUGAGUCAACAUGCGCAGUAUUAAGCCCUUCACGGCCCUGCUGCUGUUGGCGUUACUGACUCAGGCGACCGAGCUGACGGACGAUGACCCCGACAGUGACCCCGCCCGCUUCAUGAUAGUAGUGGAGCACGAGGACGGUCAUCAGUGUGCGGCGUCCCUGGUCUCUAUCCGUACCGGAGUGACGACGGCCCGCUGCGCUCGGCCUCGGGGCGCCGGCGACCUGUGGGCGUACGCGGCGUCGUUGGUGAGCGCUCGGCCUCCCCCGCCGCCCUCGGCCGCCGCCCGCCGCGUGUCGCGCGUUGCUUUCGCGGGCGACGGAACCGACCCCGGCGACCCGGCCCUCGACAUCGCGUUGCUGGAGCUGGAGGAGCCGUUCGGUGUGGAGGCGACCUCGCGCCCGAUACUUAUGGCUACGUCGCGGGAGGCCUGCGAGGCGCCCCUGUGCCACGCUGUGCGAGCCCUGCCCGCGCUGCCGUCUCCGCCGGCAGCGGCCGGGCCGGUCCCGGGCCGCCGCGCUCGUCUGCGGGUGGUGAGCCUGUCCCGGGCCCCGGACGCGCGCUGCUCCGCCCGGGUGCCACAAUGGGCCGUCUCGAGGCCUCGCUCAAUGUGUCUGUCCGGGGACACGCUGUGCGAGCGCGACCUCGGCGGCGGCGUGGUGUGCGGCGGCAAACUGUGCGGCGUGCUGAGCGCCGUGGCGGGGGACGGGCGGGCGGCGGGACAGAGCUGCGGCGACACGCUGGCGGCUCAGAGCGUCUCUCAAUGGCGUCGGUUCCUGCACUGCGCCUAUACGUUUCAUCUUUGUGGAAGCGGAACGUGCGCCGGCCAGUGUACAGAGCAACGGCUGAUGGAGGAUCAUAAGGAUAUAAGUGUAACUUUUGGUACAGCGCUUACGACGGUCACAGAGAUUAUUACGCGAUUCACGAUGGCUUCUAGCAGCUACAGCGAUAAUGAUACGCCCCAAGUUUUAUCUUCAGACCAAGACGCAACUACUCGCGGUUAUGAAGAAGUCGGUGCGCGCGGUGUCUCUUCCACCUUCUCAUACUUCUCUCCACCUUCUCUCUCUAACCCUUCCCCUCCUUCCCCUCUUCCGCCUUCUUCUCGUCCCCCUCUUCUAUCUAGUUUCCCUCCUUCUUUGUCCAGUACACCGCAGUACUCUCCCACUUUCUCUUUGCCAUGGCCCUCCCGAACGACUCCUACACCAAUGCCUCUGACGAUGAGUCUCUUCGAUACAUCCAUGGACUCACAGUCGGCGUCGUUGCGAGCUUCAGCCGACUUCGAGCCGAACAGACCGGACUUUAAGGCGGCUCCGAAUCAACCGACUCGCGUGCGCUUGAAGGCGGGCGAGUACGGAGACAACGUGGUCGACUACGGCGGCGGCGGCGAGGAGCCCGCGCCGGCCGCCCAGCUCGCCUCGCGCCCCGCGGAGCCUCCGUCCUCCGCCCCUCGCACGCCGCCCUCCACGCUGCUGCAGCCCGAGCAUCCGCCACCGCCGCCCGCCCGCGCCCUGCAGGUCCCCGCCGCGGCCUCCGCCACGGGCCGGCCGUGGUCCCCGCGGCCUCGGACUCCAGGCGGCCAGUCACGUCGUGUUCUUGUGCGGUUGCUUGCGUCGCUGUGAGCGUGUGGCGAGGUUAUAAUCGAAAUAAAAAAGUGUGAUCCUUA